AUUUGACAGUUCAUUGUAUUUAAAAUGUCUUAAUAAAGUUAUACAUAUUUACAGGUAAUAUGAUUUUAGGUGUAUUUCCCAAGAUCAUUGCAUUGCAUAACCUAAAGAUUAACAUAAAAGCUAUAGACACCCUAUGUCUUUUUUAUGUAAUUCAAUAAAUUAGUUUAAAAAAGAAAAGUCCUACUUUAAGAACCUUUUAUUAGUAAACUACAAACUAAAGAGGUAAGUUAAACCCCUUUGAUCUCUUUUAGAUAUGUGCCAAUAUCAUAAAGCAACACAUUCUUUUACUAUUAGAGUUUCCCCAAUUUAUAUAGCUUCUUUCGUAGAUUUAUAAUUUAAGAUAGCCAAAUACAGUUUUGGGCAAUGAUUAUUGCAAAUCAUUUAGUUGUUUUGCAGGUGUGUUAGUUUGAUUGGUUGGUUAGAAUUUAGUGACAUACAUUUAAACAAUAUCUUACUACUUCCGCAUCAUUGUCAAAAACCUAAUUUAAAUUGUUCCACGUAACAAGAAUAAUGGACUAAUGAUUUUACGUGUUCAGGAUUUAAAUUUGCCUUGCCCAGUCCAAAACGUGAAAGACUCGCCAUCGUUAGUUUAAUUUUGAAAGGACAUUUUAACGUUUCCGGUUUUUUGUUGCGUGAAUGCUGCAAUUUUACAAAACCCAGCGUGAUUUCUGUAAUUGAUUUUUAAUGCUUUUGUGUAAUUUAUUUUGAAAUCACGAGAUUUUCUUCAUUUUAUUAUUAUCAUUAUUAUUUUUAUUAUUAUUAUUCAGAAGUUAUUGCAGGGUCCUCUGGACUGGUUUAUUAUUUUAUGCUUUUAUUGUUUCCAACAACAUCUACAAACCUUGGACGGCUCUUGAAUGCAAAUACGUACACCAAAACGAAUGAUAUCAAUGCGAGACGGUAGUUUUAAGGCAAAAAAAUGAAACUUUAUGGUCAAUCAAUAAUUUAUUAGGCUGACUGAAGGUCAAAGGUCACCCCCUUCCUUAAGCCCACCUAUAAAGUGGCUGAGAGGAUGAGCAACUCUUUCACAGCAGUAAGUGGAAUCAGACAAAUACCCUGAUAUAAGAGAUCCUUAUGCCAGGUGAUCAGUUGUGGCACCAUCCUGCCACCUGCUGGUUGAACAGCAGCCGUACAGGUGUUCCUCACCUGUAAAUACUGAAAGCUACAGUCAUUAGAAAUAAUUAAAAAAAAUAUUUCCCCCUCCAAAUCUUAUUUGAUAUAUUGAUUUGGUGCUUAGAUUAUGUUUCAACAUUUCGAUCAAGUACAGUAAAAAUUGUGAAUGUGUGAGGAACAAAAGACAUCCGACUUUCAUCUUUGCAGGGAAGUUAUGUUUAUGAGACUUUAUACAGUUACAGAUAAACUACAUAUAUGCCAUAUUAUUGUUGUUUUUAUUAUUAAGCAAAAAAUACUUGUUCUUUUUUUCAAGUCAACGACAAAGAACUAAAAGAGAUUUUAGAAAAUAGUUGCUCAAGUUGCAAAUUAGUAUAUAGAAUAGCCUAAAGCAACUUCUUGAAGGCUUCUUCUGAUAUAGACAGAGUAGCAGAUUUAGAGAUAACAAUAUUAUUGUUUUUUAUAAAUUAUUCAAAAUAAUCUUAACAUAUUCCAAAAAAUAAAAUUCCCCAAAAGAUGGCUAAAUACCUUAUUUGAAUAAAUAGUUGAUACCAUUUAAAAAUGUUUAUGUUCAACAGUUUUUAUUUCACAAUCUUACAAUGUCCAACUUACUUUCAAUAUCUCUGACAGGUAAGGAAAGUCACCUCCAAUCAAUUCUUCACGUGCUUGCCAAAAGCUGAUUGUGAUUGGCUCUCCUGCCGGCUGUCACCCCUCAACUCGCUUACGUCAAUAACAAGUUCCGGUUAAAUCUUUUCGCUUCAAAAUAAACUGUCAAAUGACAACUCGAUUUAAUUUUCUUUUAAUCGAUGUAAACUCAUACGGCUAUGGAAUAAAUAUAUUUGAAUUAUUUUACUAAAUUUAACCGAUGUUUUUUUCCUUAACAUAUUUUAAAUCAUAUUUACUUUUAUUGUGAUUUAUCUGUGCUUAAAUCUAUGUGUUAUCUUGCAGUGAAGAGGUAAAAAACAUAGUUUUAAGUUCUUUUAAUUUUAGCUUGUCACAUAAAAAAUACUCAGGAAAACUGUAACAGCUUUCGACUUAUCAAUUAUCGUUGGAAAAAGUAAAUUAGGCUAUUCAUUUUUUGUUUAAUUUUAUCGAAACCAUAGAGUCGGAAAAGUAGAUAUUGUAUUUUGAAAAGCUCAACAGGAAACAAACAAAGAGGGUUAGCUUUUAGCUAAACUAACAACAUUGUCAGAUGGUGCUGCUCAUCUUUUAAUUUUAAAAACACACGUCAGUUGUUCGACUGUAACAGUUUAAAAACAAAUGAUCUAUUAUAAAGGAUCAGACGUACUCGUACUGUAGAUGUCGUCGUUAUCAAAACGUUUAUUUUAUGUAAAUUUCUCAGGGAAAUGUUUCGCAUAAAACCGCAGCAGCAGUAAGUCAUGGUUCUGCCUGAAAACUGAAGAACAAGCGGCAACAUCCGGUCCGUGGAGACAUUAUGGAUAAACCGGGCCGCUUGUCUCGACUCCACAGGAUCAGUGAGACUUCCAAGAUGUUCUCCUCAGUGGGCCAGGCCAUGGAGGUGCUGCAGGGCCUCAACGAGCAACGGAAACAUAAUCAGUUCUGUGACGUGGUGCUGAUCGCAGAUGACCAGCGAGUUCCUGCGCACAAGGCCCUGCUAGCCGUCUCCAGCGCUUAUUUCCACGCGAUGUUCACCCUGGGGAUGAAGGAGGAGCACCAGCAGGAGGUGGAGCUGGUUGGGAUGUCCUACGUGGGCCUGAAAGCGGUGGUGGAUUUCCUGUACAGCGGAGAGCUGAUGCUCGAUGGAAGAAACUUUGACUUUGUGUUGGAAGCUGCUCACCUCCUGCAGGUGUGGCGAGCCGUGGAUUUCUGCUGCCAGUACCUGGAGCGGGAGGUGAGCGAGGACAACUACCUGUACCUGCAGGAGCUGGCUCAGCUCUACAGUCUGGAGCGGCUCGACGCCUUCAUCGACAGCUUCAUCCUCGCACGCUUCGCCACACUUUCCUUCACUCCGGAUUUUCUUCGAAACAUCACUCUACACAAGCUCACGUCCUACCUGUCCAGCGGUCAGGUGCAGCAUGAAAGCGAGCAGACGCUGCUGCAGGCCGCCCUGCAGUGGCUCAGCCAGACCCCGGAGCGGACCACCCACGCCAGGCAGCUCCUCUCCCAUAUUCGAUUCCCGCUGAUGCCGGUAGGAGACCUGGUGAGUCGGGUGCUUCCAGCGCUGCGCGCUCUGCUGCCGGAGGAGACGGGCUGCGAGGCGCUGGUGGAGGAGGCGCUGGGAUAUCACGCCAGGCUGAGCGCUCAACCGCUACUCCAAACCCAAAGAACGGCGCUGAGGGGCGGAGUGGAGCAGCUGCUACUGAUUGGAGGAGAGGUGUUCGAGCGCGGGGAGGAGUUGAGCUCCAAAGUCUGUCGACUCGACGGCGAGACGGGAAUCUGGGAGGUGGAGACCGAGCUGCCGGCGCAGCGGAGCCACCAUUGCCUGGCGGUGCUGGGGGGGUUCAUUUACGCUGCGGGCGGCAGCUCCUGCAGGGACAACGGAGGAGAGGCUGCCUGUAACCUGCUGUACAGAUACGACCCUCGGCACAACCAGUGGAGCAGGGGGGCUUCGAUGAACCAACGACGGGUGGACUUCUACCUGGGAGCCGUGGGAGAGUGCCUGAUUGCAGUGGGAGGGAGGAAUGACACCGGAGCUCUGUCCUCUGUGGAGGUGUACUGUCCGGCGGAGGACUGCUGGUCCUACGUGACAGGUCUGCCCAGCUUCACCUACGGACACGCUGGUACGGUCCAUUGUGGUGUUGUCUACAUUUCAGGGGGUCACGACUAUCAGAUCGGUCCGUACCGCAGAGACAUGCUGAGCUACAAUCCGUCACGAGAAGGCGAUGUGUGGGUGGAAUGCCAGCCGAUGUCUGUGGCGCGGGGCUGGCACUGCAUGGCCUCCCUGAACCACCUGAUCUACGCCAUCGGAGGCAGCGACGACCACGCAGACACCACUGAGCGUUUCGACAUCCUACAGGUGGAGUCCUACGACCCCUGUGGCGGUCAGUGGACCCAGGUGGCGCCUUUGCUGCUGCCCAACAGCGAGGCAGGACUGGCCAUCAGGGCGGGGAAGAUCUUUGUGCUGGGGGGCUACAGCUGGGAGAGCAUGGCGUUCUCCAGAGUCACCCAGGUCUACGACCCUGACAAGAACUGCUGGUCCAGGGGGCCGGACCUGCCCAAACGCAUUGCAGGAGCGUCGGCGUGCGUGUGCACCGUUAAGCCUUUACCACCGUCACCCUUACCAGAGAAGAAGAAAAUAGGACGAGACAUAAAAGGAAGACCUGGACCUACGUAACGGCAUGGCUGAAGCCAUUUUUGGUUUUUCCUCCUGCCUGUAAAUCUGAUUUUUUUUUUUUUUACAGCUCUGAAAAAGCAAGGGAAAGUAUUAUUAGUCCCAAAAUUAUGUGUUUUUUUUCUAAACAUGAGUAACCGUGAGAUAAACAGUCGUUACUUUAUAUCUGUGGUUACAAAUGUUUUGUUGUUGUUUUUUUAAAUCAAAUGAUCCUAGGUUACAGGAAGGUUUCACAGAACUCGAUUCAGGAAUAAUCUAGGCUGGUGAGGCUGAUGUUAAGGUUAAGACAAUGUUCUUCAAUUUCUUUUAUACAUGUUAUCUGUGCAUUCCUACUAAAACCACAGGUAACCUGCAAAAUAAGAGCGAACAUAGUUUUUCUAAGGCUUUUCUAUUUUUCUCUGCAAUGACUGCAUGGGAUCCUACAAGCUGCCUUUGUCUGAAUAUCAGCAGUUCUACAUUUAACCUUUUGAUCUGCAAAGAAAAAGAAAAAAAGGUUUUUCUGUUACAAAUAAAACACUCCUAACUAAAGGAUCAAAUGUUUUAAUCUGAAGUUCAUCCAUACACAAAAAUGUUACACAAAUGGCACUACUGUAAAUUAUAUUAAAAGCUUUUUUUUUAAAGUUUGCUCAAACUUUGUAGUAAAAUAAAAAACUGUUUUUGCCUCAUUUUAUUCUAAUGUGUAAACAGUGUGUUGAUGGUUUUGGACGCAGUCAAUACUGUGUGGUUUCUUCUGGGGCGACUCACUCAAAGGGGUAGUACGGGUGGGAUUUUAAUCUGAGGAGAAAAACAAAUGUUUGUGUUCAGUACCAAAGUCUGGGGUCCAAUCCGUGUAAAAGAAAAUAUUGGAUACAGAAAAAAAAACGAUUUAAACUCCAAAAUGCAGAUUGUAAACUUGAAAGAAAUAGUGAAAGUUUGAAAUACUAAACUUGAAUAAACGAUAAACCUAAAAA